GUUGUUGGCUAUGCGCUUCUCGGAGCUGUUGUAUUUCGUGCAGUUGAAGGACCUCAUGAAACGUUCAUUCAGAGUCAAGUUACGACAGCACGACAAAGGGCUGUAAGCAUUGCAUGGAAUGCGACUUUCAGGUAUUAG